AUGUCCAUCCAUUUUGGAUGCACCAACGAAACCAGCUUCACCGCAGUCUACAUCUUCCGCACAGAUCCGCUUUCCGCUCAAGUAUUGCUAGCUACCGCCUUAGUCCAGGUACGCCCGCAUCAUGGUAAUCCAAUCACCGCCAGAGUGUUGAUUGAUCAAGGUUCAGAGCUCUCAUUUAUGAGACAGUCGCUCUUCAAGAAGCUUGGACAACCGCUACAGCGUGACAUGGUCAUGCUCAAGGGCAUUGGCAAUGUCUCCGCAGGAAGCUCACUAGGUGUGAGCACAAUUGAGCUUCGUUCGCUGUGUACGACCGCAUCAAUGCAUGUCAGCAUGCAUAUUCUACUAACACUGACGGUAGAUCUUCCAUCGUUCGUGAUCGCUGAUCCGAAAUGGCCGCAUCUUGAGAAUCUCAAGCUCGCUGACCCGCAGUAUCUACAGCCACGCCCUGUAGAUAUUAUUCUAGGUGCAUCACCAGCCGCACAGAUCAUGAACGCAGAGAUUCAACGUGGACCUCGCAAUGCUCCUAUUGCACAAUCCACCACGCUUGGUUGGAUUGUCUAUGGAGCUGUCACCGCUAAACACGCUUCAACAUCACACGCAGCACUACAUGCGUCAGUAGAUACUGAAUUACAAGACGCUAUCGCUAAGUUUUGGGAACAGGAAGAAGUUCCAUCAGGAAAUUCACCGCUCAACACCGCUGAAGAAGACGAAUGUGAAAUUCACUUUCGUCAAACGCAUUAUCGACAGCCUGAUGGACGCUACGUAGUGAGAUUACCGCUUAAGGCCCUUGAGAGUCAACUUGGCGACUCUAUCAACGCAGCUAUGGGGUCACUCCGCAGAUUAAUAACUCGCUUGUCGCGAGAAUAUUCUGACAUGUAUCGUGCAUUCAUGGCAGAAUACAUUCAACUAGGACACAUGGUACGAGUACCAGUCAACGAAUUGCCCGCAAACGCUUACUUCUUGCCUCACCAUGGGGUAUUGAAGCUUGAUAGUACCACUACGAAGCUCCGCACAGUGUUCAAUGGUUCCUGUGCAACAUCUACAGGAAUUUCAUUGAACGACAUUCUCCAUGCAGGACCCAAAACGCAAAUUGACAUUUUUGAUGUGAUGUUGAGAAUCCGUUGCAGCAGGAUCCUAUUCGCUACUGACAUCACCAAGAUGUUCAGACAGAUUGAGGUCGACUCGCUUGAUUGGCCGCUUCAGUGCAUUCUCUGGAUAGAUGAGAAUGACUUAAUAGACGCUUACUGUCUCAAGACAGUCACAUACGGAACCGCUAGUGCACCUUUUGACGCAGUACGUGUGCUUAUCCAACUAGUAAAGGAUGAAGGACACCGCUUUCCGCUAGCUGUUGCUCCAAUGUUGAAAACACGCUACGUAGAUGACAUCUACAGUGGAGCAGACAACGAAGAAGACGCUAUCAAGGCUGCAGUACAAACAAAAGCUCUGUGUGUAGCAGGCUGCUUCCCGCUUGCCAAAUGGGCUAGCAAUAGCCCACGGUUACUCGCUGAAGUCGCUCCAGAAAAGCAGCUGGAUACACCGCUUAAAGAAAUCAGUGAUGCACCAGUAAAAGUCCUGGGCAUGUACUGGAAUUCACGCACUGACGCUCUCCAGUUCAAGUACACGCUACCGCCAGAGACGCCCAAGACAAAAAGAGCUAUUUUGUCUGAAAUCGCUAAGCUGUAUGACCCGCUAGGACUUCUCGCACCAAUAGUCGUCAAAGCCAAGAUCUUUAUGCAAGAUCUGUGGCUAGAUAGAGUGUCAUGGGAUGAACAAUUGUCACCAUCACUCAUUCACAAAUGGACUGGAUACCGCGAGGAUCUUCGAAACAUCGAAUCCAUCCGCAUUCCACGCUGGAAUAAUAUAGCACCUGGAGCAACUAUGGAAUUGCACGGGUUCUCAGACGCUUCGCAAAACGCUAUGGCUGCCGCUGUUUAUUUGAGAGUCACUGACGCUGAUGGGAACACAAAGGUCUCACUUCUGUGUUCAAAAACGCAAGUAGCACCGCUGACGACCAUGACAGCAUCCCACGCUUGGAAUUAUCUGCCGCAUGGUUGCUAA